CCAUAUUCCUAACAAUGUUAUUUUUAAAUCAUGUACUGGUGUCAGCAAAUACAAAACUUUUGGCCAGAUUAAACAUUAAUGUGGAGGAUUCUCAUCGUUCUGAGCUUAUAUCAUUGGAUAAUGAGGGAUAUUUAAAGAAAGAAGGUUCAUUUAUGGAAGAUUUUGAAAUAUCCGGAGAUGACGAAAAUAGAUUAACGCUAACUGUGAUUUAUGUGGCCGACAAAGAUGGUUAUAAAGCAAAGUAUAUUUUAGUAAAGAAAAAAUAUUAUAAACCACAACAUUUGAAUCCCUCGACCUUGAAGUCUACAGCUGGAUAAAAUGUCUAGUCUAUUGUUAAGUAUAUAGUAUAGU